CAACACGACCCAAACCCGUCAUUUGGAUCCACUUGUACGCUCCAGAUGAAUACUUUUAUUGUACUCUCGCUUUUGUUUACCACAUCUUUGUGCCAGUUCCUGCCAAGUCACCGGGGUGAUUUCGUCUCGAAAUUCGGGGACUACACUAUCGAGUACCACGAUGAAAAGGGUUUGCUGCUGAUAGUCGUCCGACUAGACUGUUACGUCAUUGAUGCUCCGCCUGGGUCACCUGUUGCAAAGAUCCUUGAUGAUCCACUGACAAGGAACGCAUUCUUGCCGAAGGUGAUCCAACUGAUCGAGAAGGGGACAGGUAAAACGUCGACAUCCAUACAGGAACUGACCAACAAGUACCAUGACACCCUCGUCAGGGCGCUCUGUUUCGUCACAGAGGUGUACAAGCUCGAUGUUAACUCACUGUUACACUCGUAACAGCAGUGAUAUUAAAACAUAAAUUCAA